AGGCCCAGCCAGUUCGGGGGCGGCUGCUGCGCUCGCUGGGCUGGCGGCUGCGGCGCCCGAGGGAGCAAGGAGGCGAGGCGGCCCGAGAGCGGCGGCGGCGGCGGCGGAGAGGCGCGAGCGGGCUUCGGGACUGCCCGGGGCCAGGGCCAGGACCAGGGCGGGGGAGGUGGGAGGCCGGCCGGUCGGAGCCCCCGCCCGGAGCGCUCCUGUCAGACGGGAGCGCGCGCAGGCGGCGGCGGGAGUGCGCGCAGUUUGAAAUCUUCGAGAUUCACCAAACCACAGGACCCCUUGAACCCUGAAUUACUCAAUGCUGAAACCUUUCAGAGGGAUAUUAAAGACAUUAGAAGCACAAUGGAUGGUUUUUAUGAUCAGCAAGUCCCUUUUAUGGCCCCAGGGAAAUCCCACCCUGAGGACUAUCGAGCAAGGCCUGUGAUUGACAGAAAGAGAAAGUUCUUGGACACCGAUCUGGCUCAUGAUUCCGAAGAGUUGUUUCAGGAUCUCAGCCAACUCCAGGAGGCCUGGCUAGCUGAAGCACAAGUUCCUGACGAUGAACAGUUUGUCCCAGAUUUUCAGUCGGAUAACCUGGUUUUUCAUGCCCCACCUCCAGCCAAGAUCAAGCGAGAGCUGCAUAGCCCUUCUGCUGAGCUGUCCUCCUGUAGCCAUGAGCAAGGCCUUGGUGCUAACUAUGGAGAAAAGUGCCUCUACAAUUACUGUGCCUACGAUAGGAAGCCCCCCUCUGGGUUCAAGCCAUUAACCCCUCCCGCCACCCCCUUGUCACCAGCCCAUCAGAAUUCCUUACUCCCCCCUCCUGCUUCUGGGCAGGCUUCAGCCCAUGCUCCCGCAGCAGGCCCCGUGCAAGGCGUAGGCCCCGCUCCAGCCCCUGCCCCAGCCCCCGUGCCCGCCCCGGCCCCCGUCCCUGCACCUCACUCCCUCCAUGAACCCAGGCAGCAGCCGCCGCCGCCGCCGCAGCAGACCUUUGCCAUCCCUCGGCCGCCACAUCAGCCCAUGCCGAUGCCAAAGAUGAUGCCUGAAAACCAGUAUCCGUCUGAAGCAAGGUUUCAGAGACAGCUGUCCGAGCCCUGCCACCCCUUCCCUCCCGGCGACGGCCGCCCCGGCUACCACCGCCAGAUGUCGGAGCCCAUCGUGCCGGCGGCUCCCCCGCCGCCCCAGGGCUUCAAGCAGGAGUAUCCCGACCCCCUGUACGAGCACGGCGUGCCAGGCAUCCCCGGAGUGCCGGCGCACGGCUACCAGUCCCCCAUGGGCAUCAAGCAGGAGCCCAGGGACUACUGCAUCGAUUCAGAAGUGCCUAACUGCCAGUCAUCCUACCUGAGAGGAGGUUACUUCUCCAGCAGCCACGAUGGUUUUUCAUGUGAAAAAGAUCCUCGAUUAUACUUUGAUGACACAUGUGUUGUACCGGAAAGGCUGGAGGCAGGCAAAGUCAAGCAGGAGCCCACCAUGUAUCGGGAAGGGCCCCCUUACCAGAGACGGGGCUCCCUCCAGCUGUGGCAGUUUCUCGUGACCCUCCUCGAUGACCCUGCCAAUGCCCACUUCAUUGCCUGGACAGGCAGAGGGAUGGAGUUCAAGCUGAUUGAGCCAGAAGAGGUGGCUCGACGGUGGGGCAUCCAGAAGAACCGACCCGCGAUGAACUAUGACAAGCUGAGCCGCUCUCUGCGCUAUUACUAUGAGAAGGGCAUCAUGCAGAAGGUGGCCGGCGAGCGGUACGUGUACAAGUUCGUCUGCGAUCCGGACGCCCUCUUCUCCAUGGCCUUCCCAGACAAUCAGCGCCCCUUCCUGAAGGCCGAGGCCGACUGCCCGCUGGCCGAGGAGGAGACCCUCCCCCUGACCCACUUCGAGGACAACCCCGCCUACCUGCUGGACAUGGAGCGCUGCCCCGGCCUGCCCUACGCCGAAGGCUUCGCGUACUGAGCGGCGGGCGGCGGCGCGCGUGCUAGCUUAGCGGUUCCCGUCCAGGCACAUGAUUCUCUUUGAUGAUGAUUAUUGGUUGGGGGUGUUUUUUGUUUUCCGCCAUUCCCCAAGCUUGCCCCGGAGCCCCCUGGUGGGCCUGGCGCUCUCGAAGGACCCUGGCCAGGGAGAGAGGAGCACGAGGAGGGCUGCCGAGGGCGAGGACGUCGGGGGGACCGUGGGGGGAGCCGCCGAGCCUGGGCCAGGAGAACGUCUGGCCAUCGCUCGGCCUCCGUAGAGACGCGUCCCUGCCCGCCUUCCAUUCUGAUGGCCCCAGUUUGCACAAACUGAAUAGACAAAGAAAGCACCCGGCUCCACGGAGGCCUUGGAGCCCCCGCCGGGUUUCGGAGGUGCGGGCCGGGCCCUUGGGCGCGGACGGUGUUGGCCCCUUUAGAGUUCUCCCCAGCUCUCCCCACAAGCUCCUCCGCCCUCCUCCGCCCGUGUGGACGGCUUUUCUCUUAGAAGGGUGAUCAGCACCCUUGACAGUGUUUGGUUUUGCUUUUGAUUUGAAGUGGGGGCGUGGGGGGGGGGGUUGGCAAAGCAGUUUCUGAAAACUGGGUUUUGUAGUUUUGGUAUCUGAAGCAAAAAUGCUGUCCCGGAGCCGGGCCGUGCGGAUAUGCUGCAGCUCGGAAAGGGCUUUGCUCAGGACGUCCCUGCAGCCGGGCCCGAAGCCCAUCGGCGUCUGCUUUCCGCUUUCUGCCCCCGACGCCCCGGUGGGACCCUCUGGAAGCCGACGGGCCGCGUGGAUGCUCUCGUGUGUGUCGUUCGUUCACCGACACUCCGGGGAGCCUGUACGUAGCCCGGCCGGCGUGGGAGCCUCGGCCACGGCCGCCGCCGCCUCCUCCCUGGUCUAUCGGCCCUGCGUAGACCCGCGGGCGAUGCCUGGUUCCGCUCCCUUCUCUUUCUUCGUCCGCGGUCACCCACCCGCCGGGCUCUGAGGCGCGCCAGGCCUGGCGAGGAGCGGGACGGACCGGGCGGGGCGGGGCUCGGAGGGCGUUUCCUCUGUGUGGAGCUGCUGCGCCCUCUCCGUUGAACCGUGACCUUGGCCUACGGAGCGCCGCCGCGCUGUCAUCCGCUUCAGUGUAAUUAUAGCUCUCACCUACACUAGUCUACAUAUACGCACAUUUUAUUCCCCUCCCAAAAGCUGGCUCAACACUCUCCUUGUAAAUGCUGUAUAGGGCUUUUCCUCCUUCCUGCGUACUCUUCCUGGCUUGGGCUUAGCUGGGCGGCUGGAUGCUGUUGGUCAAGUUUGUGGCCUCCUCCCGUCCCGCCCUGCCCUGCCGCCAGGCCUGGGGGCGCCUGUCCCCGCCCCGUCGCCCUCCUGGACGGCUUUCGUCCCUUUCCAGUGUGUAGAAAGUCUCCUGGGCAGAAAGAAAGGGUUGAAUCCGGGAGCUCUUUGGAAGCCUUUCCCUGAGCAGGGCUGUUUGCAUCCUGCCAAGCUGCAUUACAUUCUGUACUGUGUACAAUAAAGACGUUUGCUUUCAGUC